AUGAAAAGAGAUGAAAUGGGACAUCGAUGCUGUGGAAAACACAAGGUGAAGAGAGGUCUUUGGUCUCCUGAGGAAGACGAGAAGCUUCUUCGUUACAUCACCACGCAUGGUCAUCCCAGCUGGAGUUCUGUUCCCAAGCUUGCCGGGCUGCAAAGAUGUGGGAAGAGUUGCAGAUUAAGGUGGAUAAACUAUCUGAGGCCUGACCUGAAGAGAGGAACGUUUAACGCUGAGGAAGAGCAAAUCAUAAUCGAUGUACAUCGUAUUCUUGGUAACAAAUGGGCUCAGAUUGCUAAGCACUUGCCCGGACGCACUGACAAUGAAGUCAAGAACUUUUGGAACUCAUGCAUUAAGAAGAAGCUUCUUUCUCAAGGCUUAGAUCCUUCUACACAUAAUCUUAUGCCUUCACACAAAAGAUCUUCAUCUUCUAGAACUAAUAAUAUUCCCAAGCCAAGCAAGACGACCACCAUCAUGAAAAACCCUACUCCUGAUCAUUCAACCACUGCUUUCUCAAUCACAAACAUCAAUCCUCAUACUUCCAAUAAACCAAACAGAGUUAAAUCUCCUAACCGGAAUCCAAUCCCCUCUCAAACCAUGAUUCCCACCAGCGAUGCCAUGUCUAAUCUUUUAGAUGAUGAUAAUAUGAUUCCUAACUGGUCAGAUCUUGAUCAGGGAAUGGUUAUCCAAGAAACUCCGAUGUUGUUAGGAGACAAGGCAGUGGCAGGAGUUGAUGAUGAUGAUCUCAACAUGGACAUUUUGUUUAACACUCCUUCUUCCUAUACUUUUGAUCCUGAUUUUGCUUCCAUUUUUUCUUCUGCAAUGUCCAUCGAUUUUAAUCCCAUGGAUGAUCUUGGCUGGACCUUUUAG